AUGACCUACAAGCAACUCUUGCCUCUUAGGUACCCGAUCUCUACUUUGAACCGAGAUCUAGCUGAUUAUCGACGCACGACCAUUCAUGACCCCAUUGUCAUACUAGAUACCAAGUCGAGUUCGAUCACCCUCGCCGCCAUCUGCUUCCAAUCCUAUUGCUUCGUCGCUCUCGCCGCUGUCUGGUUCGUCGAAUCGCCGUCGUCUUUGUCGCACUCGCCGUCUGGUUCGUUUUGGUGCUCCUCGUCGUCUGCUUCCAGCCCUCCCCGUCUACUUCCAGCGCCUCGCUUCGUCGCCUUCGUCGUCGCCCUCGCCGUCGUGCCGUCGUCUUCUGCUUCGUCGCCAUUUGCUCGGUCAUAUAUGGCUCAUUCAACUUCAAGUUCAGGAUCUAGCAGCAGUAUUUCAUCAAAAAAUAAGGAUGAGGAAAAUAGUCCAUUAUGGAAAUAUGUGACUAGAAUGGAGAAAAUGGGAGAAGGAGGGGGUAGUUGGAAAUGGACUUGCAACUUUUGUGGUUUGCAAAAAUUUGGGACAUACACAAGAGUUAGGGCUCAUUUAUUAAGUAUCAGUGGGAAAGGAAUUGCUUGUUGUAAAAAGGUAAGUCCUGAAAUUAUAGUUGAGAUGAAAAAAGUUGAAAGAGAAGUUGAAGAAAGAUUAUCAAGUUUACAACAUAAGCAAGUGCCAUUACCGACUAGUAGUGUUUCUUUGGGGCCUUCUUUGUCUUUACAUGAACCAAGUGUUUUAGAACAUUUAAAGAAAAGAAAAUCCAUGGAUUCACCUCUUGCAAAAGCUUUUGACAUGCAAACUAGAGCACAAUUAGAUGCUGAGAUUGCUAAGAUGUUUUAUACUGGGGGUUUGCCUUUUAAUCUUGCUAGAAACCCAUAUUAUCUGAGUUCUUAUUCAUUUGCUACUAAUCAUCCAUUAAGUGGUUAUGUGCCUCCGGGUUAUAAUAAGUUAAGGACCACAUUACUUCAACAAGAAAAGGUAAAUGUUGAAAAAUUGCUAGAACCUAUUAAAAGCACUUGGUUGGGAAAAUGUGUUAGCAUUGUUACUGAUGGUUGGAGUGACCCACAGAGAAGACCCUUGAUUAAUUUUUUGGUUGUUUCUGAAAAUGGUCCAAUGUUUAUCAAAUCUGUGAAUUGUUCAGGUGAAGUAAAGGAUAAACAAUUUAUUGCUAAUUUGAUGAAAGAGGUAAUAGAUGAAGUUGGUGACCAAAAAGUUGUACAAAUCAUUACUGAUAAUGCUGCUAAUUGCAAGGGAGCUGGGGAAAUCAUUGAGGGUAUGUUUCCACAUAUUUAUUGGACUCCUUGUAUUGUCCAUACACUUAAUCUUGCUUUGAAGAAUAUAUGUGCAGCUAGGAAUUUAGAAAGUAAUCAAGAGACAUAUGAUGAGUGUCAUUGGAUCACUGAAGUGCAUGGAGAUGCUUUGGUCAUAAAAAAUUUUAUAAUGAAUCAUUCAAUGAGAUUGGCCAUGUUCAAUCGGUUUAGUUCUUUGAAGUUGCUUGCAAUUGCUGACACUCGAUUUGCUUCUAUUGUUGUUAUGCUUAAAAGAUUUAAACUUCUUAGACGUGCACUUGAAGCAAUGGUUAUGAGUGAUGAAUGGGCACAAUAUCGAGAUGAUGACCAAGGAAAAGCUCGAUUUGUUCGUGAAUUGGUUGUGAAUGAGAAUUUUUGGGAAAAAAUUAAUUAUAUUCUCGCUUUCACAGCACCUAUUUAUGACAUGCUUAGAGUUUGUGAUACAAACAAACCAUGCCUUCAUUUGGUCUAUGAGAUGUGGGAUUCUAUGAUUUUCAACAUGAAGAAGGUUAUUUAUGAUCAUGAAGGCAAGCUACCAAGUGAUUUUUCAUCAUUUUUUCAUGUCAUUCAUCGUAUUCUUCUUGCUCCUUGGACAAAACAUAGCACUCCAUUACAUUGCCUAGCUCAUUCUUUGAACCCGAGGUAUUAUAGUGAUAAAUGGCUUCAAGAAAAAGAAGGUAGAAUGCCUCCACAUAUGGAUGGAGAUGUCUCCACACAAAGAAUGAAGUGUUUUAGGAGACUUUUUCCUAAUCCAGAUGAGCGUGCUAUUGUUGAUGAUGAGUUUGCUGAUUUUUCUCUUAAAAGUGGGCCAUUUGGAGACCCAGAUGCUAUCUUGAAUAGCUAUGACAGGGAACCUAGGAAAUGGUGGGCAUGUUAUGGUUCACGUGCUCCUUUGCUUCAAAGGUUAGCUUUUAAGGUGCUUGGACAACCUACUUCUUCAUCUUGUUCUGAAAGGAAUUGGAGUACUUAUUCUUUCGUUCAUUCAUUUAGAAGGAAUAAAUUAACUCCAAAACGUGCAGAGGAUUUGGUCUUUGUUCAUAACAAUCUUCGUCUUUUAUCGAGAAACACCUCCUAA